AUGGCCAACAAUCGCAUCAGCCAUGGCCUGGGUCUCGAUCGUUUGUCCAUUGCAGGAGAGGCAGCGCAGUUCCUGAACAUGCAGACUGCGUUUCAAGUACCACCGCCGGCACCCUUGUCUCAGCCGUCAUACAUACAUUUGGGAAUUGGACAGUUUCAAGAGUCGUAUGAGCGGACUCGCUUGGAAGGAGAGGAAGAAGCAGAAGCAGAAGAGGCAGUGAAGAAAGCAGAGGCAGAGAAGGCGAAACAAGCAGUAAAGAAAGGAGAGCCUCAUGUCCCAUUGCAGAAGGGCAGCGUUCGCCGAGUCGUCGAUCAGACUGUUGCUAAUCAGCAUUUCAACAUCCCGCAGAGAGGCACUGUUGUCGACCAGGGCGCUGAUUCCAUCGGUCAUCAGCAUGCGAAUGUCCCACGAAAGGUAGCUUUUGCCAACCACGACGAUGGACUUGAUAGUUCUCAGCACGUCAAUGUUCCGGACAAAGGUCCUGCCCGUAGUGGUUCUUUGGAGCCAUACGACUACUUUCGAUAUGCUGAGCGCGUGCGAAAGCAAACUUUGGCCAAGAUGGUCAGCGACGCCAUCAACGCCGAGCUCGCCGAAACUGAGGCCGCUCACAACCCAUUGCAAAGUGCCGAGGGGGAUGAGGCUGCUGAACAGGACCAUCGUCGACGUCCAAAAAGCCCCCCGAGAGGUAUUUUUGACAAUCCGGCGUUUCGAUCCAGGAAUCAUCGUCAAGCCAACGCCCUUGCACCGCCUGCGCCCAACAGAUACCAGGUAGCUCCUCCUCCUCUUCAGCUCUCGAACUUGCCUGAAAUCCCACAGCCAGCAUGUGCACCCACCUCCAUGGUCGACGAGACAGGCACCCGUAUGCAGGAGUACGAUGAUGAUGAUGAUGGUGAUGAUGAUGACGAAGAUGACGAAGAUGAUCAAGUCGAAGUACAAGCUCCUGUGAUCCAGAUGCCCGCAAUGCCUCCGGUAAUCUGGAUCCGAAAAGCAGACCAUACCACGCGCCUUCGAUAUGUCGUCCAGAUAAUCAACAUCAACAACGAGCCGUACAUCAAAGUAGACGACAACAACCUCCUCUACGCCACGUAUGCAGAGUGGUUGCUUAACACAGACAACACCACGCUUCGUCAAGAACAGUAUCGGGACUGGACCAGCAAACGCAAUGCAGGUCGGCCGGACAUUCUCUUCGAGCUAUUCCCCAUCGGUCAGUACGACUUCACCCCUGCUAACGGCCGCCGCAAGAAGUCACCGCACGAGUUCCGCCCCUUGUUGGACCCGUACGGACGAGUCUUACUCACCGGCGAACAUCGCCCACUCAAGUGGUCACCCGUCAUGCCGAUCAAAGUCAGCACGGAGAUCGAGGGCUGGGAAAUGGAGGCCUUGUGUCGUUUGGACCCAAACAUCUGCCACCAAGAUUUUGUCGAUCGCAUGGUCUUCAACCCGUUAGGCCGUGCCAAUGGUGGUACUACGAAAGAUAGACCGAGCAAAGGCACGUUGAACCACCGACGCCGUCGCGACCGAAUGAGAAUGCGAGUUCUUCCAUGGCCCGUGCCCCGUCAACUCAGCUAUUCGGACUCCCAGGUCGUCAGUCAGCUCGAUGAUUGGGGACAAGCCAACAACUCGACAGCCCGGCUGGCCGAUCUCACUAAGGAGGAAAUCGAGGUGCAGUCUGCCAUCAUGUACGGAGGACAUCUGGAGAGAUCGGGCGCCCAUGCGCAGAACGAUAAUGUCAGAUUGCGGAACUUCAUAGCCAACCUGGCUUUGGUCCGAAAGGCAUUUGCCGAGGACUCGGAGGAGGUCAACAUUGUCAAGACUCGCAUGGCUGACCAGCUGCGCAAGAUGGGAUUGUUGCAGUAA